GUCAGUUCAAUAAAGUCAUGAAAUUCUUUGUUUUUGAUUUUUUUUUUUUUAAAUAAAAAAUGGCUUUGUUUGAACCAAUACAUGCAACUCAUCUGUGUAAGACCAAUUGGAAUAGGCCAUAGACAGAGAGGAUGAAAGAAAGUCAUAGGAAUACCCCCCUGAAGCUAAAGGGGCUUCUCUAUUUAGCAAGUUUCAGUUGAAGCUUUUCACUAACUAGAAUUUCUGGACCUUUUCUUCCUCUUCUUAAUAUUUGUCACCAGGCUGGCAGAAAACCUUCUGUUUAUUUGUUUCCUUCUUGAUGCUUCAAUUUAUUUCUGAUCCUUUGGCUACUCGAAAGGCUUUCUAAUCCUUUGGGAUUUGUUUCUGAAUUCAGCUAAGAUACCAGCACAAAAUCAGUCCUGAUAUGCUGCCUCUUUGCUUACCAUUAUAGGCCUGAGAUUCUCUUUUGGUGUACAUAAAAAAUCUCUAUUCAAAGACCCUUGUUUCCACAUUAGCUUCGGAUUGAAGCCAUUUGAAAAAAGGCAUAUUUUGCCUUUCUGCCAACUGAAAAAUUCCUGAGGGCCAUUGGCACAUGGCUCGAAAUCUGGUGUAUAAUGAACCUGAUCCUCGACCCUUUUCCACGUAAAUACCAGGAUUUUGUUUGCAACGUGCUACUAACUCAUGAUGUGCACCUAACCCAUUCAAUGCUUGCUAUGCUUUUACCACUAGACCAAAGCCCCGGGGCCAUUUUGGAAAAGCAGUCUUAGUGUUCACAUUAAUGUUUAGGCUGUGGAACAACUUCUAUUUUCUUCUACUUGAAAUAAUUACCCAUUCUUUCCCUUCAAUCUUAAGUACAGCUGUAUCGGGAACAAAAGGUGUGAUAAAUUAUUAUCAUUAAUCAACGACUCAAUACAAUCUUGUGGUUGACAUUGAUUUGAGCUGUAACAGCAGGGGGCGAGUUAGAGAUUUUAGCUGUGAGCUGUUAUUUCUUGAGUAAUGUUGAUGUUCCAUAUUUGAUUUUUUAUACUUAAAUUGAUACUUCACUCAAUUUGAGACGCUUGAUGUAUGGUGACUAGUAAUCUUUCUAGUUUGUUUAUGCAAAGAAGACAAGAACCACACAAAAGCCACGUUUCAUUCAAAUUCUCUUCCUAUCCAUUCUUUAAGCUCCUUUUGGAGUGAAUAUCUGCAUCCUGAAAUAUUUGUACUCCCUAUUUUCCAAUUCUUACAACUCUUUUCCCAUUUUAGGACAUCCCAAAAUGUUUGGAACCAUUCUAUUUUAAUAAAAUGAUCACUGUUUUAAGAAUUUAAAGGGAGAACGUUUGACCAUGACAAUUGUGAGUAUUUGAAAAAAGUGGUUUUUAUUUUCAAAUUGAAGUUAUAUUUGACCAUGAAUACAAAUAUUGGAGUUGUGUUUUACCAUGAAUACAUACUGAAGAUGUUUUUGAGUUUUGUGAGUAAUUUGGAGUGAAACCAUCUUUUUGGUGUUUUCCAAAUUCUUUGAAAAUUCCGGAAUUAACUUUGACUUGAUAUCUCUUUUCAACCACUAAUCUAAUAGUUCUUCCAUCAUGAUGAAUAUAUCAAAUGAAUAUCUUAAAUGUCAUGCUCAGUCGAACAUCUUCCCCAAAAAAUAAAAGAAGGGAGUGCUUAAGAACAAUAAAGUAAUCCCUACUGAAUUAUGUAUAGCUCAAUCGGGAUAAUUGUUUUUAGAACUUAGAUACUUGUCAGAGUAUCAUACUCAUAGACUAAGCAAAACUUUCCUAUUUCAUUUAGCUCUUCUUGCCUUUUCCUUUAAACAUAUUUUUGUGCUUUUAGGUGCUAAGUUUUAAUCUAAAAGUACUUGUGUUAUUCAGCUUUUGUUGGAAGAGGACUGAAAAUCCAUCAGUUUUACUUGCUAAAUUAGCUUUCAAUUUAGAAUUUAGUUGUAUACAGAUCCUCCUACCAACUAUCAUUGGUUCUGUUGUUGAAGACUUGUUAUCAACACUCUAUUUCUCCUAAUUUAUAUGACAUUUUAUUUCGGGACAUGACAAAUUAUUUGAUGCUAUUUCUCUUAUUAGUUCCUUACUUUGAGGAUAAACUAGUAUUACCAGCACUCUCUUUAUUCAGGUCUGAGAUCAUCAAAGUGAGUUCACUUAGACUGUUCAUACUUCUAGGCUCAGUUUCCACCUCAAUGGUGUGAUAGUCUGAUAGACAAAGACACAACAAAUAAGUUAAAAUCUUAUAGUUGAAAUGGAGGAGUAUUAUGCAAUAAGGAGAUACAUACCAGAGUAAAAGAUAGGUUUUAUAAGACAGUUGUGAGACAAACAAUGGUGUAUGGCGUGAGUGUUGGGUAUGAGGUCCGGCAUAUUGAAAAAACGAGUGUUGUAAAAAUGUGAAUGGUAUAAUACGUGAUGAUUAUGACAGGAUACAAGCAGGAGAUAAAAGGAAAGAAGGCCCUGAAUUAUAGUUUGGAAAUAUCUACAUUAGAUGUUCAAAUGCACCGGUGUGACGCUAUGAUGGUUGAAUGUUUUAAAAUGGAUGUGGUAAACAAUUCAAUCACACGGAAAAAGUUGUCUAAAAGGACUUAUAAGUUCUCGAUAUUCUUGUGAAUUUAGCAAAAAACAAAAUAUAAAUGAAGCACAAGAUCGACUGUAAUUCCAAUGGUUAGGAUUAUGGUUUAUUUUAUGUUGCUACACUUAAAUUAAGUAUGCUGUUUGCCAUGAGUCUUUUUUAGUUCAUUAUUGAUUUGUAUUUCGUUAGAAAAUGUAGGAACCUUCAGUAAUAGCGAAUCCUUAAUGAUUAUCUGAGUAUUGGACUGAAGCUGCUCCAAGUGGAGCGGAAUGGAUAUUGAGUGUCUAUAUAGCCGACCUCAACUAGUUUAGGUGUGACGCAUAGCUGUUGAAAGUACAACUCCACCUUAAUUCCAAACAAGUUGGGGCCGGCUAUACAGAUGCUAACAUCCGUAUCACUCCAUUUAAGCAGUUGUAAAGUAGUUCUGAAAAUUUAAAACCAGGUAGAGCGGAAUGGUUACAAAGGAACCAUAUAUUUGAGAUUAAGGCAUAGUUAUUGUUGUACCCUUACUAGUAUUAUUUUCUAUAUAUCUUUGACUAGUUUUAGGAAUUCAUUUAAAGAACGGUAGUCAAACUUUGACAUGCUAUUUUUUUCCUUUCAAUUAACUUUUUCACUGCUGCUACUGUACUAUCUUUCAAUUACUGUUUGCUAAAUACACAAAUCAUGUUAACUAAUAAAAUAGAAAGGAUGGAGUACUAAGUUUUUGCAUUCCCUUCUAUUUGAUUCCUGGAAACUAUGCAUCUUUUUCUGCUCACUAGUCCCAUCCCCAAGUUCACUUUGUACUAUCUUGUUCUUCAAAACAUAUAACAGGUCUUCAGCUUUUGCAUCCUAAUGCUAAGGACAUUCAAUUUUCUUCUUUAGGGAAUUUUAUGUGCAAAUCAAUGUUACGUCCUUUUUGUAUCAUUUUGCUUUCAGCAAUGACUAUUUUAAUCCAAAAUGUGAUACUUCCGUCUGCUAUGCUAGUAUGAACUUAGUUCUCUGUCGUUUUCUAUGACCAACUUAAGUUCCAGGUCAGAUUUUCCUAGUUUCUUCACUUUUGGGAAUCCCAGUACUCCUCAGACAGAUUUGUAUAUUCUUCUAUGCUUCUUCAUAUUGCAGGGCUUAAUUUUUCUUCUUCAAGGUAAGGCUGCGUACAAUACAUCCUUGUGGUGGGGCCCUUCCCCGAACACCGCGCAUAGCAGUAGCUUUAGUGCACCAGGCUGCCCUUUUUCAUGGAGCUUUUAUUCCCAAAAAUCGUAGGAGAUUUGAAGCUUUUGUGAUGGAAGAAGGAGAUUCUCCUGUAAGGAGAUGGGAGGACCUUGAUAUUGAUAUCUUGGUGAAGAUACUCCAGUCUUUUGACAUUUUUGAGUUGUCUGCUGGACUUGCUCAUGUCUGUAGUACGUGGCGAUUGGCUUGUCGUGAUCAACUUCUCUGGAAGACGCUUGAUUUGUCGGUUCUAAAAUCAAAUUUCAUCAAAAUCCCGUUUGAACCGUAUGUAUAUGUGGACUGUCAGUCUGAUAAAACAUUGACCAGCCUCCUGAAGAUUUGUUUGAACCUCAGUAGUGGAAACAUACUGACAUUAAUCUUCCAUUACAAGUUGUAUGUCAGCGACAAUCAGUUGACAUAUACUGCCGAGAGGUGUCCACGGCUUAAACGUCUUGUUAUGCCUGCUUGGAACCGAAUAAAAAAGACAGGAAUAUGCAGGGCUAUUCGUAUGUGGGAAGAUCUUGAAUCACUGACGAUGCCUAGUAUAGCAAAUCCUCCAUAUGUCAUGGAGGAAAUUGCAAGGAGUUGCAAAAAUUUUGCCGAGCUCAAGAUUAUGGGGCCUUGUGAUAUAUUCUUUGCAUCUACACUUGUAUCAUUUCUUCCUAACUUGAAAGUGUUGAGUGUGAGGUGCACAAUAUUAUCUAAACCUGCCCUACUUACUAUCUUGGAUGGGUUAACAAAGUUGGAAGUGCUCAACAUUUCUCAUUGCGUAAUUACUGAAGACCCUCCACCUGCACCAAAGAAAAUUCUGGCGGAGCUUGAUGAAUCAAUCCUUGAAAAAACAUCUAGGUUAUGCAAAUUCCUAACUUGCAUGAGUGACUCAUGCAUCAUGUGUCAGCGCACCCGAAAUGAUGAAGGGCUGAUGAGAUGGUAUAAGUACGAAGAAGACUUCUGGAAAGUGGAUGAGGUGAAAUCUCUUGCAAUUUAACAACUAUAAGAAUGAAUUGCUUCAUGAGCUAAAGGUCCAGUAAAUUAUGUAAACCUGUGUAUAUGAAACAUAAUAAAACCUUUGUCAUUUUGAAAUGGAUGCGAAUCCGCAUCCAGUUUGUAGCAGCUAGUGUUAUCCUCGUGAGUUGGUAGGCUUUGGUGGCGAAGGGGAGAGCAGCUUUGUAGCUUUGUAGCAUAGGGAGACAUAUAAACAGUACUUUCAUGUAGCGUAAUGCAACUUUUGUGUUGUAAUUUUGUAUGUUUUAAUAGCCUGUUUGAUUAAGCUUUUAAAAUCA